GGGAAUGCAAAGGAACUCAACUCCGGCGUGCAGACAUCCCGACGUCGUCAUUUAGAGCAUUUCCGACUCUCCCGACACAAACAUAAAAGUCGACUAACAACAAGUAGCUCAUCGCGGCUCCUGUUUAGACUUUUAGAGUACAUCUAUAAAGGUGUUCGCGGGUGCGCCAUUCGACAAAGAAUCAAUUGGCCAAGUCGUUUGAGCGAGCAAAGCCUUGACAAUUGAACCUUAGUCAAACCUCUGAAUCAUGAGGAGCGAAUAUCUGACUCCGGUCCUGUCGGGGCUGGCUAGCCUCCAGAACCACGCCCAGCAAUGGAUUCUCGACAAAGGCAUGACAUGGCCUGCUCAGCCGCCCACGAACAAAAUCGACCUGCAUCACCACUUUGUGCCUGAUUUUUAUGCUCAAGCUGUGGCAGACGCCGGAGGAGACCCUAGCGGCUGGCCGACGCCAAAGUGGUCGCCAUCUUCAUCUCGAAUGAUCAUGAAGCACCUAGGAGUCCAGACGGCCGUUCUAUCCGUCACGGCGCCUGGGCCGUGCAUUAUCAAGGACCCUGGGGCUCAGGCUAACCUCUCCCGACGCCUGAACGAGUACGCGGCGGCUCUGCGUGACGAGGACCACUCGACAUUUGGCUUCUUCGCGACGCUGCCCGACAUUACCAACGCAUCGGCUGCAAUCGCCGAGAUAGCCUAUGCGAUGGACACGCUCAAGGCCGACGGCGUCACGCUAUACACGCGCUACGGUCCCAACGCGACGUACCUUGGCAAUCCGGUGCUGGAGCCGGUGUGGAAGGAGCUCGACCGGCGCGCCGUGACCGUCUUUGUGCAUCCGACCCACCCCGUAGAUACAACCCGGGUCAACGACUACAUGACGCAGCCGCUGAUCGACUACCCGCACGAGACAACGCGCGCGGCCGUCGACAUGAUCACCAGCGGCACGCUCAAGAAGUAUCCCAACGUCAAGGUCAUCCUCAGCCACGCGGGCGGCACCUUGCCCUUACUCAUCAGCCGCUUCCUGACGCCCCUGCGCAAGGCGCCUGAUGUCCUGGCCAACUGGAACAUGGGCACAACGCAUAAUGACGCAGCGAAGGCCUUCCGGGCCUUUUACUAUGACGUUGCCCUGUCCUCGUCGCCCCAGGUGUUGCAGACGCUGCUCGAUCUCGUGCCGCACGACCAUAUCGUCUACGGGAGCGACUUCCCCUACGCGCCCUCCCCAGCGUACCCAACAUUCCUCGAGGAUCUCGAGGCGUUCGACUUCACGCCUGAGAUGCGCAACAAGCUAAACUUUGAGAAUGCACAGGUGCUCAUCUCUCGGCUCGGGAAGCACGUGGCCGAGCUUUAAGUGAACAGUCUGAAAGCGGAUAGCUUGUCAUCGUUGUGAUUUCAACGCUCUCGUGCGCCUGCUGGGGUGCAGUUCGAAGUCUCGGAGGGAGAUGGUUCGAACGUUAGAUUUCUAAUAUGCGGAGGUGGGUGCUGUUCUGUUAUCCGGUAAGUGAUAAGUUGCUAUCAGCUUUGGUCUUUUUUUUCCUCCUCUCGUGUCAUUUCCUUCGGAUUCUCUUAUCUUUGGUCCUAUCUUUCGGCCCAUUUUUCUCCGUAAAGGCCUGCUAGUUCCUGUGGUUUCAUCGAAGUGGGUUGCGCAGACAGGCUAGUGAUGCCGGCUCGGCGGACUGUUGGCGUGGAAAGUCGAAGCGUGUAUGUCUUAAUUAACGAGGUUAGACGACCCAAAUCAAGCCAUCAACGCAAGCUGCCUAUUCACAAAGCGCGCCGGUGGCCAACCGCCGUCUUUAUC